AUGUAUUUGACGCCAUCUUUAUCAGCACUCUUCGUAACAGCGCUGUUCGUGUUUCCAUCUCCUUCCGCAGCAGAUGUACCUGGGCAAUGGCCGCCUUUGGAUCAAACUCCUUCGUUGGCACCACAGUGGGCUGCAUUGGUUAACGUCUCAAGCAUACCAAACGCUCCUGUACAAAAAAAGGCUGCAGGCGAUUGUAGUCAAACAGCGGUUUAUUGCAACUGGUCAUGUGAUAAUUGUAAGAGACCAGGCGAUGUUACAAUCUGUCCGGGGCAAAAUGAUUGGGGUAUAAGCUAUGAUGACGGGCCAUCAACAUACACGCCAGCGCUUCUCGAUUAUCUUAAAAAGAAUAACGUUACAGCCACUUUCUUUAUCAUUGGUUCGCGUGCAUUUGAAAAUCCCGACAUUCUCAAGCGCACAGUUGCUGAAGGACACCAAAUAGGCGUACACACAUGGUCACAUCCUUACCUUACUACUUUAACAAAUGAGCAAAUUAUGGCUGAACUAAAAUGGACAGAAACCAUAAUCAAAACAAUUACUGGAAUUACGCCCUUAUACAUGAGACCACCUUAUGGAGAUGUCGAUGAUAGAGUAAGAAGUAUCGCAAAUCAGAUGGGAUACAAAGUUACCAUAUGGGACGUAGACACCAAUGAUUGGCUAUCAGAUAAUAACCCAAAGUUUAACCGAGCCUCUAUUACCAACGUAAUCAAAAAAGCUGUUGCCAAGAAAUCACCAACCGGACAUAUUUCGCUUGAACACGAUUUAUAUCCAGUAGCUGCUGCAGAAGCUCCCAAAGCUCUUGAUAUUAUUUUAAAGGCCGGGUUUGCUGCCAAGCCAGUGGGUACAUGUUUGGGAACAAAGUUUUAUGUAGAAGAUAGCAAUUCGACAACACCAACUCCUAUAAUAAAUAGCACACCAACUCCAUCUGCCACAACAAAUUCUGCUACGGAAACAACAUCUGCUGUGCCAACCGCGACUGAUUCAUCCCAAUCGGAUGCGUCUUUAUCUACGGAUUAUUUAUCGUCGUUUGCAUUGUUUGUUACUUCAACAUUCUGUAUAAUGUUUUUUGGUUUGAUAAUAUAA